AUGCUUGGCUGGUCAUCCGCCUAUCAGUUUCGCCGCCCUGACGUCAAAUCAUUCUAUCCCGAGUCACGGACAACCACUUUCGUCAUCGUCUAUUACUACGAUUGGCCAUUUGGACAAAUCAAACCCGCAUAUACUGCAGCCUCCUCACCCCCCCCCACCGACCCCAAAAUCGUCCUCAUCGGCGACGCCUCCCACGGCACCUCCGAGUUCUACGCCGCGCGCGCCGAGCUCACCAAGCACCUGAUCACGCACCACGGCUUCACCGUCGUGGCUGCCGAGGCCGACUGGCCCGACGCCGAGGCCGUCGAUCGCUACGUGCGGCAGCGGCCUGGGGUUGGGACUGGGACUGGGCCCGGGGUGGGUGUGGGGGGGGCGGGAGCGGUGAUUGAUGGUGGGGGCCCGGUGGUGCGGGAUGGUGGCGGGGUGGGGAGGGAGCCGGCGUUCGCGCGGUUCCCGACGUGGAUGUGGCGGAAUCGGGAGGUGCAGGGGUUUGUGGAGUGGUUGAGGGGGUGGAAUAGGGGGGUGAGGGAGAGAGGCGGAGAGGGGGAGGUUGGGUUUUAUGGCCUGGAUUUGUACUCGUUGAGGGCGUCCAUGGAGGCGGUGGUGGAGUAUUUGGAGAGAGUGGAUCCGGAGAUGGGGGAGGCGGCCGCGAAACGGUAUAGUAGGAUGAUGGAGUGGGCGGAGGACCCGCAUGGGUAUGGGAUGCAGGUGCUGAGCGAGGGGUUUAAGGGGUGCGAGAAGGAUGUGGUGAAGGUGUUGAAGGAUUUGUUGGAGAAGAGGUUGGAGUAUGCGGCGUUAGGUGCGGAUGGGGAGGAGUUUCAUAGUGCUGAGCAGAAUGCUAGGCUGGUGAGGGACGCCGAAAAGUACUACAAGGCCAUGUACUAUGGCCGUGACGAGUCCUGGAACCGACGGGACCGGCACAUGUUCGACACCCUCGUCCGUGUGUUGAAGCACCGCGGCAAGAAUGGACCGGCCAAGGCAGUCGUGUGGGCGCAUAACAGUCACAUCGGUGACGCCCGUGCCACGAGCAUGAGCUGGUCUCGCAAGGAGUUCAAUAUCGGGCAGUUAUGUAAAGAGACGUUUGGUGAGCAGGCGCUCAGCAUCGGUUGCUGCGGUAAUACGGGCACAGUGGCGGCCGCUCGUCGCUGGGGCGCCGAUAUGUCGGUGAUGCAAAUUCGGCCGGGCCUUUCCAACAGCUACGAGGAGUUGAUGCAUGCCACGGGAGUCAAGAGCUUUGCGCUUGACCUCCGGGAAGGGCACUGCGACGACAAGCUGCGGAAGGCGCUCAGUAAAAAGCGGUUGGAGCGCUUCAUCGGUGUCAUCUACGUGCCACAUACGGAACUCCAGUCACACUACUCGAUGGCGGUGCUGCCCGAGCAGUUUGACGGUUUCAUUUGGUUCGACGAAACCCGCCAUGUUGGCGCCCUAGAGGUCCAUCAGCCUCACGUGGCUUUGGAAUACGGCGAGACUUGGCCAUUUGGAUUGUAG